AUGCGCGCCUCCGUCUUGAUUGCUCUCCUUCCGGCUCUGGGCCUUGCCGCCCCCGCCGAGCCCCGCUCAAACGCAGAGCCUGACCGCCACCAGGCCUACAUCAAGCGCUCGGGUGCUGAGCCUGAUCGCCACCAAGCCUAUAUCAAGGGCCGGGCUGAGCCUGACCGCCACCAGGCGUACAUCAAGCGCAGCGACGCCGAGCCAGACCGUCACCAGGCGUACAUCAAGAGGUCCGGGGCCGAGCCGGAUAGACACCAGGCCUACAUCAAGCGCGGCGAUGCUGAGCCCGACCGUCACCAGGCUUACAUCAAGAGGUCUGGGGCUGAGCCGGAUCGCCAUCAGGCUUAUAUCAAGCGAGAUGGCGCCGAGCCAGACCGUCAUCAAGCUUACAUCAAGCGUGGCGAUGCUGAGCCGGAUCGCCAUCAGGCGUAUAUUAAGCGUGGUGAUGCCGAACCGGACCGCCACCAAGCCUAUAUCAAGCGCGGUGACGCCGAGCCGGACCGUCAUCAGGCGUAUAUCAAGCGCGGAGAUGCUGAGCCGGACCGCCAUCAAGCUUAUAUCAAGAGGUCCGAGGCCGAGCCGGACCGUCACCAGGCAUACAUCAAGCGAGGAGAUGCCGAGCCAGACCGUCACCAGGCCUACAUCAAGCGGUCUGGAGCCGAGCCCGACCGCCACCAGGCCUACAUCUGA